GGGCUGCGAUUUACACUUAGAAGGACACGAUGAUAGGGUGGAAAGCCUUUUUCUGUGUGAUAAGCCUUCAACUUUUUGUCCUCCACUUGCAAGGCUCAUCAGAGUGGGACCAACUACGAGUGACAUUUAUGAAGUUUACUUCCUAUCCACUGACUUCCCAACAGGCAGUGCAGGCUGGCUGGAGGCAAGACGCGAAAUGCUCAGGAAAAGCCAAGUUUUUCUAUGGCAAUCGUUAUUCCCAAAAGGACGAUGAUGCCACGAGGCUCAUCUUUGACUGUGAUGGGAGCUUGGCAGGAAUGCAGGCAACGAUCUAUCAAACGAAUGAAUAUCCGAACUCACAUGACCGGUAUCCGUGGAUUUCACUCGAUGAUGGACGGGUGGCUGUCACUGUUUACUUCCGGGAUCCAGACGAAAUUUGCGUCUGCAAAGGGAAGUGUAACAAGGGUGCAAAUAACAAACCACCAAUAGGAGACCGGGUGUGGAUUCAAAUGGCUGACUUCCGCCUAAAGAAAGACGUCAUGGUUGUGCCUCUUGAUGCAAAUCAGAUUUCAGGGACGCCAUGGGUUGAAGGAACUUGUAUUCCUGGAAUGGGUGUCCACUAUCAUUACAAUAUCUCUGUUGACUUGGAUUGUUAUAAAAGCCUGCCAGUCUUUCUGUUGUUCAGUCAGAAAACGAAAUCUUUGAUUGGUUUUGGCUGGGGCGGGCCAGUUGACGUCACAAGCAACGCAUGGGAGAAGCCAGAUCCGUCUCUUUUUGCGAGAUCGAUGAAGCCAGAGACAACACCUGCUUGCCUGAAAGAUCUCCAAAUGGUGUCCGUUCAACAUGUCUAUUUUGUGGACCCUUUAAAAAUCGCUUGUGUUUAGACAGACAUCUCGAAAACAAUUUCUGCGAUUUCCCUUCAACGUGACAAUGAUGUGACUGAUCUUAAAAAAAAAAGAUUCAAAAUUACAUAA